AGCUUGAUAAAAUCGUUGCGUUCGGGACUUCCGGGCUAAAUAGAUCUUUUUUAUCUCCAAAAUAUCUCAUGUCCUACAUCCCAUCAAGAGCCAAUUUGCUGCUACACAUUCCCAAGGCCGAGGUAUAACAGGCGCGGGGAAUCUCACGUGUGAUUUGGCGUCACUGUGCGACAACAGCAACCCGCGGGACGUGAAAAAUUACCACGUGAGGACGUGACUGGAGAAAAUAAACACCCGAAUCGAACGGCCUUCACGACUGGUUAACGUUACAGAGAGACGCUGCCAUGGAAAAAGAGAGAGUGGAGGAUCUUCCGCCAACACUACCAACGGAGGAAGGACUUAAUCAAGACACAGACAUAGUAGGAAAUGUGCACAACGCCUUUAGCAAGCAGAGUCCUCUUGAAGAAGGCACUACUACUAGAAGUGGGAAGGUACUAGAAGAGGGCCAAGGCGAUGCUGUUACAGAAAACGCGUUGAACGCUACUAGCCAGACCCCUGCUGACGAACCCUGGGAUGUUGGUAAGGAGGAGGAAGAAGAUGGAAAAGAUGCAGAUGAGGAGACUGACCCGGAAUGGUUGGACAUUUUGGGCAAUGGAAAACUGAAGAAAAAGGUGAUAGUGAAGGGAGGGGAUGAGAGCACCCGGCCCCGCCCAGGUCAGGAGGUGACCAUCUGGAGCAGGGGGAGGUUAGAGGAUGGCACGACGGUGGACCAGCAUGACGAGAUUACUUUUGGACUGCAGGAGGGAGACGUCAUCCAAGGUAUAGGAUAUGUUGAGCUAUUACUAACAGUUUGAUAUUGCAAGGUCAAAUAUUCAUGUUUUCCUUCU